AUGCAUGCGUUGCAAUUCAUUGUCUCAUUUCUGGCAUUAGGAACACUCUCUGGUUAUGCAAUCCCUUCACCAGAACCAAAAAGCUCGAGACAAGUUCCGAGCAUUGUGGGAACGCUGAACACGCUUCAAAAGCAGACGUCGUUCAUCCUCCCAGAGAUCAAAUCCAUCGUUGCAAGCGGAGUAGCCACCAAGAGUUCGAUAUCACCACUAAUUGCUAGUGUCGUGAGCAAUGCCAACACAGCGCACACUUCGUUGGCACUUGUCACCUCACCCGCGCCUACGGAUACCGAUGCGGAAGCAGCAGCGGCUAUCGUUGCAAUUAUCGGGCAAAUCAGCAGCACUCUGCAAGGCGCUCUGGUCAUCCCGGGACUUGACGACCUGAUUGAUGAGCUUGGACUCGAUCCAGCUCUAAGCCAAAUUAUCUCGGGCGUGGAUGGAGUUCUCCUUGGAGUGACCGAUGGAAUUGCACAGCUUUUCCGUGAUGCUGGGUUCCCUGAUGUCGCAAACUUCCUGGAUGACCUUUCUUUGGACCUCACUUUGCUGGCUCUGGGGAUAGUGGUGUAA